UCAUCCUCUGGCCUUAUUUCUCUAUUAAAUUUCUCUUUGUUGACUAAAAUUCUCCUUUAAUUCUAAAAACAAAAAAUAUGACAAGGGCGGUGGUUUAUGCCUUUCUUGCCACCGCCUUUGUGUUCUUAAUGGUCUGCUUGCCGAUCAUCAACAAGCGUGGCCAUAACAUUCGCCUCAGCCAAAAUCGCCGGUUAGGAUACACAUUUCUAAUCCCAAAUUUUGACCCAUUAGUAGUGAAAAUGGAAAGAUUGGCAGAGGAAAAAGAUCUUUCCAACGAGAGUAAUUUCGAUAAUUCGAAAAAGAAUUCUAAUAAUUUCGAGGCUGAGGAUUAUGCAGAUGGUGAGUAUAUUAGUGAUGAUGGAAAGCUAAACAUUACCUUGAGGCUAACUACAUUGUUCCAGUUAAUAGACAAGGCACCAAAGGAUGGACGAAUCAAUUUUGAAGAGCUACAAACAUGGAAUAGAGAACAAGCUGUUGAACGUUUAAUGUAUAAGACACAAAAAGAAAUGGAUUUGCAUGAUAAAGAUGGAGAUGAAGAAAUUAGUUUUACUGAAUAUUUCCCUCAAUUUUCCAGGGAAGAAAUAGAAAGAAAAGACAUGGGACAUGGUGAAGCUGGAUGGUGGAUGGAACAAUUUAGAAAUGCGGAUGUUGAUGGAGAUGGCACCCUUAACCUUGAUGAAUUGAACAAUUUCUUGCAUCCAGAAGAUAGUAGCAAUAAAGAAAUCCAAAAAUGGUUAUUGAGAGACAGAAUAAGGUGGAUGGAUGAUGAUCAGGAUGGGAAAAUCAGCUUUGCAGAAUUCCAAAUGUAUGUUUAUAAUAUCUAUAAGGCUUAUGCAGGAUUUGAAACAGAUGUAACUAAUCUUCCAACUGCAAAACAAAAGUUUCAGAAGCUUGACACAGACGAGAAUCUAUUUUUGGAUGUGGACGAACUAAUACCUUUCCUUCAUUACCUUAAGCCUGGAGAAUUAUCUUAUGCAACAUAUUAUGCAAGUUACUUAAUCCAGGAGGCUGAUGAUGAUGGAGAUCGUCAUUUAUCUCUUGAUGAGAUGAUCAAUCACGAAAAUACAUUUUACACCACAGUGUUUCAUGAUAGAAAUGAAGAUCAUGAUGACUUCUUUGAUGAACUUUAGAUCUUGAAAUUGAAAUGUUUUACUUCAUGGGGUGAUUUUAGAAAGCAAUUAAUGGUGAAGCUUAGUUAAGAGUGGAAAGAGAAGGUCUUACCUAUUCUUAGUGUAUGUACCUAUCCAUACACUAAACUAAUCUAACAAAAUUUUUAAAUUUAAACGAAGUUAUGUGCCAAUUUACUAUCAAAUAAUAAUUUUCUUAAAUGGCAAUUAAUUAUUCGUUUAGUGUAUGGAACCAACUCAUAUACUGAGAAUAGGUAAUAGAUUUUAUCUAAAUGGAUUCGAAAAAUAGAUGGAGAAAUGGAAUUGAUACAUAUGGCUCAUCAUCAAGUCUCUCGUAUUCUUUCUUUUUUCCAUUAUUUCUACCCCUCGUUUCUCUCUUUUAGGGGGCCACUAUGUGAGUACUGGUGGCCAUCCCUUUCAUUUUUGUCCCUAUUAUUCUUGUCGUUGUUUUGUAUCUUUUUUUUUUUUUUUUUUUU